CAACAACAACAACAACAACAACAACAACAACAACAACAACAACAACAACAACAACAACAACAACAACAACAACAACAACAACAGAGACAGCAGCAACAGCAGCAACAGCAGCAACAGCAACAGCAGCAAGAACAACAACAAGAGAGACAGCAGCAGUACCUGCAGAAGGACAAACAGCAGCAGCAACAGCAGCAGCACCAACAACAACCGCAGCAAGAACACCAGCAACAACAGCAACAGCAACAGUAUGACCACCAACAGCAGCACAAACUGCAGCAGCAGCAACAGAAACAACAGCAACAGCAACAGCAGCAACAGCCCUUGCUAGUGCAACAAUUGCAGCAACAAACGAUCCGCCAGCUUUAUCAGGCAAAUGACUACCAGCAGCAGCAGCAGCAGCAACAACAUUUGCCGCAGCAACACUUGCAGCAGCAGCAGGUGCAGCAGCAGCAGAAUUUGCAGCAGCAGAAUUUGCAGCAGCAGCAGAAUUUGCAGCAGCAGCAGCAUUUGCAGCAGCAGCAGCAUUUGCAGCAGCAGCAGCAUCAGCAUUUGCAGCAGCAACAGCAGCAGGGUUUGCAGCAGCAGCAUGUGCCGCAGCAUCAGUAUCAGCAGGAUGUGCAGCAGCAGCAGCAGCAGCAGCAGCAUCAGCAGGAUGUGGAGCAGCAGCAGCAACAGGAUCUGCAGCAGCAGCAGCAGCAGCAGCAGCAGCAGCAGCAGGAUGUUGGUGGCGAGGAUAUACUUGGGGAGGAGACACAAGAAAAGGAGACACAGGAAGAGGAGACACAGGAAGAGGAGACAACAAGGAAAAAGGAGACACAGGAAGAGGAGACACAGGAAGAGGAGACACAGGAAGAGGAGACACAGGAAGAGGAGACACAGGAAGAGGAGACAUAUAUAGAGGAUAUAGCUGGGGAGGAGACACAGGAAGAGGAGACACAAGAAGAGGAGACACAAGAAGAGGAGACACAGGAGGAGGAGACACAGGAAGAGGAGACACUUAUAGGGGAGAAAAGAAGAAAAAAGGAGACAGGGAGGAGAAUAGAUAUACAGGGAGCAGCAAGAGCAGCAAAAGAGGAGAUAAUAAUAUAA